CGGAAGGAGGAGAAAGGGAACAUGAAAUUUGCCGCGGAAGGCCCGUGGAAGGCAAGAGAGCAGCCCUCUUCAACGUCUCUAUAGACUUAUAUAUAUAUAUGAGUAUAUCCGUGCAUGCCGGUGUGAAAGAAAAGAGGUGUCGAGUGCUUUUACUGAUAGAGAAAACAGAGCAAGUAGAAAGAAAGAUCGAGAUCGAAAUGGAAGGAGUUGAAGAGAUGGAGAUUGUAAUCGUCGGAGGUGGCAUCUGUGGGCUUGCCACCGCACUUGCUCUUCACAGGAAGGGUAUUGCAAGUGUAGUCUUGGAAAGAUCAGAGUCUCUGAGAGCAACUGGAGGCGGUAUUGGUAUUCAGGCUAAUGGUUGGCGUGCCCUUGAGCAGCUGGGUAUUGCUUCAGAGCUCAGACAAACUGCCCUCACUUUUCAACUGGUACGGACCAUAUGGCUUGACAGUGGAAAGCAGAAAGAAUCACCUGUCUCGGAAGGAGAAGCUCGGUGUGUAGAACGAAGUAAAUUAAUUGAAUUGCUGGUGGCUCAUCUGCCGGUUGGCACAAUUCGGUUUGGAUGCCACAUAAUCUCAAUCAAAUUGGACGCACACACUUCAACUCCGAUCCUUCAUAUGCAUGACGGAAGCAUAAUUAAGGCUAAGGUUGUGAUUGGAUGUGAUGGAAGCCACUCAGUGAUUGGGGAUUUUCUGGAGUUAAAGCCUCCGAAGCCUUUAUCCACAGUUUGUGCGGUGAGAGGCUUUACAAAUUAUCCAAAUGGGCAUGGAUUUGCCCCCGAAGGCAGACGCCAAAUAAAGGGUCAAGUCCUGGUUGGAACAGCUCCUGUUACUGAAACGUUGGUUUUCUGGAGCGUCGUUCUGCAAGUUUACCCUCAAGAUUCAAAUGUUUGGAAAGAUCCAAAGCUUAUUAGACAGUUUGCUCUAGAGUCAGCCAAAGGCUUCCCUACAGAGAUGAUAGAGAUGAUUAACAGCAGUGACGAGAAUUCAUUGUCUCUCACACACAUCAGAUAUCGUGAGCCAUGGGACGUACUAUUGGGAAGGUUUCGGAAAGGAAGCGUGACUGUAGCAGGGGAUGCAAUGCAUAUAAUGGGCCCGUUCCUUGGUCAGGGUGGCUCGGCAGCUCUUGAAGAUGCUGUUGUGCUUGCCAGAUGCUUGGCUUCGAAGUUGCGUGAGGUGAACUUGGAAAGAAAUGGAAGGGAGACGAUGGUCGUGCAAAAAGUUGGAGAGGCACUGGACGCGUAUGUGAAGGAGAGGAGGAUGAGACUCGUGUGGUUGUCUGCACAAACUUAUCUCACGGGGAAAUUAUUGCUUGAUUCUUCGCCGUUGCCGUUGAAGUUUCUUACUCUCGUCGUCAUGGCUACUCUCUUUAGAGACCCAGGUGGUCAUAGUCAAUAUGAUUGUGGCCGCCUUUAAGACCUAUUGAAGGCGUCAGCAGCUAUUGCCACUAUAUUCUUUUAUUUAGUGUUGUUUCUUUUUUAAUCCAAUAAGGGGCUUAGCCCAAGUCAGUGAGAUAGUCAGUUAAAUAAGGACCUAGGCCCAAAUUCAGACAAAUUAGGGUUAGAUUUGCCCUAAUGCUAUUUAAGCACCCUUUUGUAUCCCAAUGGAGGUAGAUAAUUGAUGAAUAAUAAUUUUUUUUAUUAUUUUGUUUUC